AUGCCUGGUUGUUCCCUUGGUGGGUGGCGGGCCCGGGGGUCCCGUGAACACACCAUUUAUACCUCGCUAAGGAAGUAUACAUACGCAUACACUUCGCGUCGAGACGCUGUCAAUUCUGGUAUCUACAUCUGGGCAAAAGUAUUGGAUCCUUUUAGCAAUGAAAGUCGGCGUUUCAUCUACAGCAACGUCAAGGUCAGGCUGGUCGCCCUCAACCCAAUGGAAGGUGUCCGUGACGAGAAGGAGCAGAGAAGGUUUGGAAGAAAACACGAGUUUUCAAGGAUGCUUCAAACGCUCUCACAGCAGACCAUGCGGUCACAACGGAAAAUCCUUGGAUAG